UGUAAUUACUAUCAGACCCGUGGUCGUUAGAGAGUUGUAAAAAUUUGUCACAUUGCUUUAUUGUUAACUAUGAACACGACAUUUGGUGUUUAUCACAACCUUCCCUUUCGUCGAAAAAAUGCGAAAAGAAACAACGUUUGUUACCAGGUUCUUCGUAGAUCGUUCAAUGGCCUCCUUGGUUCCAAUCUUCGAAGAGAUCUGAAAAUCAUUCGAUCUUUGGUGCAAAAGGAAGGCUCCAAGUUUUAUGAGGUCUGGUGGAAAAGCACUAAACAUCCUGUUGGAUUUGACAGUCAACACUUGUUUUUCGACAAAUUCAGGACAUGCUACACUAGUUUUGGUUUUGAUGGAAAACCGGAGCUUCUGUACAAACUCUCUGCUUGUGAAAAUUCAAGAAAGAUCGAGUCUGCCCUGGUAUUUGAGAGCCCGGUGGAUCAGCGCUCAUAUCUAAAUUGCACCGAAUCAAAAGGUUAUAAGCCCUGUUUAAUUGCUGUCACGGCAGAUGGUUGGCUUAUACGACAUGAUUUAAACACUGGUGAUGUCUUGCAGAAAGUGUACUUGUCAAAACAUUACAGAUUCAAGCACAUAAUGUGGGAGUCCGAUUUACAAAGGAUUGCGCUUAAGUCUGUGCAUUUCUCCAGUCAGAGCCGACCCUUAAUGUUUUUGUCGAUUUUCUUGAUGGCUCCAUUAGAGUUCCUUGCCCUUAUGCCAAUCGAAAAAUGCAUAUUUGGCCAGGAUAUUGUUGAUGCCGCAGCAAGCAAUGGGUUUCUGGUGGUCAUGCACCAUUCAAAUAGAAUCAGAUUUUACAACAUGUGGGAAAUUAUGGAAAACUACAGCUUUUCCACUAAGUUGGGUAACACAUGUAGGGCAUCUCCCUCUGACAAUGCUUAUCAGGAAACGUAUUCUUCACCAUUUGAUGGAAGUGGUAAUCCAUUCAUUGUUGGAGAGCAACCACAUGGGCUUCCUGUCAACGUGUCAUUUACUUCAAAACCUGCUGUCUUGUUUGAGAUUUGCAGCUAUCAACAUGUCAUCUCAUUUGGAGGAUACCCAUGGCAUUACAUUUCUUGUCCACAGUCUUGUAGCAGUUCUUUUCAUGUUCGUUCGGUAAAAGACUUAAAGCUUGCAAAGAGUGGAAUUUUGGAAAUGGAUAUGGUAUCUCUGGAACCAGAUCAGGCUUAUUUUCAUGUUGAUAACAGUGGUCGCAUUCUUCAUAUUGGUGCCCACGAAAUUAAAUGUUUGAAGCUUUGCCAGUUAGAGUCAAAGACAUCAACGUUUGAACUGAGCAACUGUUUUGCAUUAAGUCUGAAAAACGAGAAAAAUUGCACAGAAACAGUGAAAUUCACUUCUUCUGGUCGAGAAAUCAAGGCUAGAAAAGACCAAGUGUUCAACAAUCCAGGCUUUGAGACAGUUCUAGAUGUGGACUAUGAAGAUGAAUUAGAUGUCCUAGUGGUUUUGUCAUCAAAUGAUUCAGAGGAAACACCCUGUGGAGUAAUAGGACUUUAUGACAAUCAAACAGGAAGUCUUAUACAUGAAUCUGCCAUCAGCAAAUGGAAACAGGAUGCUGAUCAUUCCAUAAUGAUGGAAAAAGACACAAUAGUUCAUAUUAUGAAAGAUAGUUCCAGGAAAUUUUGUUGUACUGUUUACAGACUUUCUCCUUAACGACUUAUUCUUCUCCUCUAGUCAUGAGUCAUUCUUGUCCCCACAAGUCACUAUACUUUGGCCAGCACCAACAUGUAGCCUGUAUAGCAAGUGUUCCUGUAGGAAUGAAGAACUGUUUCCACAUUCUGGCAGUGUGAAAAAUUGGGAUAAGAGCAAAAAAAUUGAUGAAGCACCCACCACUCUCAACUCUGUUGAUUUUUUGUUCUUGUGCCAAUUUUUGUGCAACCAGACUUUGCUCUUUUGUCCUCUUCUACAGAACGCUUCCUACACAGGCUAGUCAGCAGCAAGAAUUGCAACUUUUGUCAGGGGCCAAUUUUCAAAGCAUAUGCAGAUUACUCUUGUUCUACAACAAGCCAAUCAGAUUUAAGCAAGAGUCGGUGAAUUGCUUACUUUCAAAUUGGAACCAGUAAGAGGUUGCCAUUCUUGAACCUGAUCAAAUGAAUGACAACCUUUGGGACCAAUCUAUAAUGUCCUAAAUAGUCUAAGUGAAUGAACUCCAAUGGUCCUUUUUACCAUGUGGUAUAAAGUGGUUGCUACGUUGUUGCCCACGAAGUCCUAUAGGGUUGGCAUAUUUCAAGUGAAAGUUUAUGGUAUUGUUGGGUUUAAUUUUUGUCAGUUUUGGAAUAUAUAUGACAUUUCUACUUGUAGCCCUCAGGGGUAAAGAGAUAGAUAUGACUACCUUGUCUUUAUUGCCUUUUUUGCCCAAACAAAAGCUCAGUCAAUGUCUUAUCUGAAAACCAUUUUUACAAAUCACGUUUUUAUGAAACUAAUGACCACAUUAUGAAGUUCAGUCUUGCCAAUAUGAAUCAGAAAUUCCUCAAGAUAUAAGUGACAGAAACUAAAUGAAAAUGAAACAAAUAUUGUGUUAAAAUUCAAUAAUGAAAGAAAAUCUGAGGCUAAAGUGUAAUUCAAACUAAAGACAUCUGUGACACUGGUGCAGAGUGCAUAUAACUGCAAAGAAGACUUGCAGAAGUAUUAAUCUGCUACAUGUAUAUCCUUAUCCCCGUCGUUAUCUUGGGAGCAUAGGACAUUAAUGGUUUUACACCAGCCGCUGGGGUCAUGAGUGAGUCAGGCAGUGCUUGUCCGGUUUUAAGCCUAGAAGAUGCCACCCAUGCACACAUGAUCUCCUCUGGUUGUUUCUUGGUCAGCCGCACUUGCGUUUCCCCUGCAAUUUCCAGAAUAUUGCCUGCCUUGUCACAUUGUUUGAGUUACAUUGUGUACAUAUCACAAAUUAUACUGGUAACAUGUUUAAUGGUUAACAGGGUGUUUAAUGGACUGAAAUAACUUUCACACGAUUUUUGUGAUUGAAUUUGUAAAAAAAAAUAAAAAUAAUAAUAAUAAAUGCAUUUUUUACCCUGCUAGCAGAGUAUCUAGAUUGAAAUAAUGUCCAUGGUUAUAUUCUUGUCCAAGGGAUUUAGGGUGUUUUUAAUGAGAUUAGUUGACAAAAAUCUUGUAUUAUAGCCCCAAAGGCCAUGAAGAUGUAGUUGAUUUUAAACAUCUA